UAUAGCGAACAAGCUCUUAAAUUCACUCCACCAUCUAAUAUGAAUACAGGUUAUCAACCGUUUCAUCAACAAGCUGCUUCUCCAGUGGGGUAUUAUGAUAUAUCAACUCUUCCAGGCCAAUUAAUGUCUGAUCCAAUGUUUAAUAUGGCUCGGCAGAUUGGCGGUCAAUUUGCGGAACAGCAAAAAGAAAAGCUUUCGAAAUAUCUUUCCGCAUUCAAAUUAAAAUAUUAUUUUGCUGUUGACAAUGCAUAUGUUGGCAAAAAACUGGCUAUCCUCACAUUUCCAUUUUUUCAUAAGCAGUGGAACGUAAUGCACGAUGAUGGUGGUCAACCCGUGCCAGCUCGAUUUGACGUUAAUGCACCUGAUCUAUAUAUACCAUUGAUGGCUUUUAUAACUUAUGUACUUAUUUCCGGUUUUGUGCUCGGAGUUCAAGGAAGAUUUACUCCUGAACAGCUUGGCAUUAUUACAACAAAUGCUCUUGUUUAUCUGCUAUUCGAAAAUGUCAUACUUUUUGUAACUAGAUAUAUUAUGAAUAUCUCUGAAGCGCUUACAGUUUGGCACACUUUGGCUUAUAGCAGCUAUAAAUUUGUGGGAAUGAAUAUAAGUCUUCUUGCUUCCUUUGUCGGUGGUAAAACUGCUUAUUAUUCUGCGUUAAUAUAUAUGUCACUGGCUGUCGUGUUUUUUCUGGUUAGUUUCUUUCAAGACGGUGGCCGCAAACGUAAACUGUAUUUGAUUAUUUAUAUUUCUUUUACGCAACCGUUGUUAAUGUGGUUGUUGACUCGUGGUGUUGCUACUGUCGAUAAUAGCAGUAUGAAUCUUGCCCAGAUGGCACUUAGUGGAAUGGGUCUUGGUCAAACUGGAAUAAAAAGUGGUCAUCCUCUGCUUCCCGAUGAUGAAAUCGAUUAUGAAGCUUUAUUGAAAAAAUUUACUCAUUUGAUUUAG